AUGUGUAACAACGUGGAAACAGAGUAUUGCUCAGAACAUAAGCCCACACCUUCAGGCUGCUUCAGUGGCCGCCGCUUCUUCCAUGUGGUGAACCCACAAACAGUGGUGACCAUCUGUGUGUCUCGCCACGGACCGGGGCAAGCGCUGCUGGCCGGGCUGCUGGGCUGCCCGCUGCGGUCCAACGCGCUGGGGCUGCUCUGCGGCGCCUACAGGUCCGAGCUGCGCUCGCGUUCCCUGGUGAACCUGUCGCUAGGCCACCUGCCUGCCGCAUUCGACACGCUCUUCACACUGCUUGGCAGGCUGCGCCGGCAGCGGCCAGCAGGGCCCAGCGCGAGCCCCGCCCUCGGCUUCCUGGACACUAUACAGGCGUCCCACGCUGCGCUGAGCGCGGCCGCGCUGAGCAAGAACCCGUGGCUGAUAGUGGGUUUCCUGCGUUAUGCGCGGGGGCGCCUGCCAGCUGCUGUCCUACACGGGGGUCAGUCGCCGGCCUUCGCGGUGGUCGCAUUUGCCCGCUCGUGGUCGGACCACAGCAGCACCUCUGCCUCCUGCCCUCUGCGCCUGCGCUGA